ACGUCUAUUGUCGCUUCCGAAUCUCACCUCGGGCUACUCCGAAUAUUAUUGUUUGACCACGUUCAAUGCACCUGGAAGUCUCAUCUUCAUGAACAGAAUAUACUCCCUCCCGCAGUGUCUUGUGCUGCAGACACAAAUCUGUUUGCGGUUUACAGUUUUCUCAUAGCUGCACGCUAAGGCCUACGUAGCAUGCCAUGAGUUGUAUUGAUUAAUUCUCGAUUUGCGCUUUUCUUGGUAGUAAGUAGAGUCGUUUUGUUGUCGUUGUAGGUCAAUCUUUUGACUGUCGAGCAGCAAUCAUGUUUAGAUUGGGGCUGGAAGCAGCUCCUGCAACAGUAGAUUUAGAAUUCCUCUCUUGCUUAUCUGAGUUGUGAAACGAGGUUGAGAGAAAUUUUGGAUGAGGGUAAGGCAGGUUUCGCUGCAAGAGAGACGCAACCUUGCUGGAGUGGAGGGUUGGAUUUGUGGAGAAUUAACUCUAGUUGGUUGUAGGUUCCUUCAGUCAUGUCGGAGUGUAGGUGAAUUGGGCUCUUUGCACAAUGCACUGUUUCUUGAUUUAAGGCUUCAAUUGAUUGGGGUUACGGUUGAAGCGCCGCGAUUGUGCGGAGUUGAGGUUUCUGAGAGAGGAGGAUUAUCUAGCCAUGAUGAGCUCGAGGUCGUAACCCCUCUGACUCGUCUGAUCUUGAGGUUAGUGACUGGUUAGUCAAAAUUUUCUACGAACUAGCAGACUUUGUUUUAACGUUGUUGCAGACAUAGUACUCCCGAUCGUAGCUAUUUCCAUCGUGUAAUUGGUAAGCUCGGAGAAGGUCUAUGAAACUAGAGGCACAGAGAAUCCCAGUACAGAGUCAAGUGUGUAGUUGCUAGCACACAAUGUAUGCUUCGGGGAGUGCCGUUGACAUCACCGCCUUAUCAUCGUCAGGCUCAGAUCAAGAGCCGAAGAGGCAGCCAGAAAGUUCCAGCAAUGUUACCUUCAGGAAUGUGAAAAUUCUACCUGUCUCGCAAUUGGGUUCAUCGCAUGCGCAUGGCCUGUAUUCGCCUUCUGCCCCUGUUUCCACCACAAGGCAUGGCAGGGUGAGUAGUUUACUAGGAGUUGGCCAACAGAGGACAUGGCUGGAAAGAUUGUUGCCCUCACUAGUGUGGAUGAGGGCUUACGAUUGGCGCGAUCACUUGAAAGCGGACGUGGUUGCUGGGAUUACCGUGGGCACUAUGCUUGUUCCACAGGCAAUGUCCUACGCAAAGCUUGCUGGACUCCACCCUAUUUAUGGUCUUUAUUCAGGAUUUAUUCCCAUAUUUACGUAUGCAUUCUUCGGUUCUUCUAGACAACUUGCUAUUGGUCCCGUAGCUUUGGUGUCACUGUUGGUGACAAAUGGAUUAUCACCUUUUGUGGAUCGUUCCGAAGAAGGUGCUGAUGAAAAAUAUACUGAGCUUGCAAUUCUGCUUGCACUUAUGGUUGGACUGUUGGAGUGCGCCAUGGGCUUAGCCAGAUUAGGUUGGCUCAUACGGUUCAUCAGUCACUCGAUUAUUUCAGGGUUCACGACAGGGGCGGCGAUUAUCAUUGGAUUUUCACAAAUCAAGGAUUUUCUAGGGUACGAAGUCACUACCGGCAGCAAGUUCAUUCCUCUUGUUCGAAGUAUUAUUGCUGGUUGGUCGCAGUUCAAAUGGCAAUCGUUCGUUAUGGGUUGCUUCUUCCUCGCGGUUCUCCUUGUUAUGAAGCAUCUAGGCAAAACCUACAAGCACUUGCAAAUGCUCCGUGUAGCAGGGCCUCUGACCGCUGUCGUUUGUGGCACCGUUUUCGUCAAGCUAUACCAUCCUCAAUCAAUAAGCGUGGUUGGUCAAAUACCGCAAGGGCUUCCGGGAUUCUCUUUGAACUAUCGUUUCUCAUAUGCUGUUCAACUAAUGCCUACAGCAGCUCUUAUAUGUGGUGUUGCUAUCCUGGAGUCGGUAGGAAUUGCUAAAGCUUUGGCAGCUAAAAAUGGUUAUGAGAUUGAUUCUAACCAAGAGCUUUUUGGACUAGGAGUGGCCAACUUGCUUGGCUCUGCGUUCUCUGCGUAUCCUACCACAGGAUCUUUUUCCAGGUCUGCUGUUAUGCAGGAAACUGGUGCCAAAACCGGAUUUUCAGGUCUCUUUAUGGGCCUGCUCGGUACUUCGUCCCUACUUUUCCUCACACCUCUUUUUGCAGACAUUCCGCAGUGUGCACUGGCUGCUAUUGUCAUAUCUGCUGUUGUUGGUCUGGUUGAUUAUGAUGAGGCAAUAUUUUUGUGGCGAGUGGACAAGAAGGACUUUCUUCUCUGGCUUUCUACUAGUACUUUAACGCUUUUUCUUGGCAUUGAGGUUGGCGUUUUAGUUGGGGUGGGUGUGUCGCUUGUUUUUGUCAUCUACGAGACGGCCAAUCCUCACAUGGCUGUCCUCGGCCGAUUGCCGGGUACCACUGUGUACCGCAACGUACUACAGUAUCCUGAUGCAUUCAUCUACCAUGGUAUUGUCAUCCUUCGAAUUGACUCUCCAAUAUACUUCGCCAACAUAACUUUUAUCAAAGAAAGGUUGCGGGAGUUCGAACUUCAUACUGGGGUUUCAGCAAACAAGGGCUAUGAUGUGGGUCGCAUCAAGUUCCUCAUCAUCGAGAUGUCUCCGGUGACAUAUAUCGACUCCACUGGUAUUCACGCCAUCAAGGAAAUUUACCACGAGUAUAAAUCCCGUCAAAUUCAGAUGGCGCUUUGUAACCCAAGUCCCAGAGUAAUGGAAACCCUAGCCAAGGCAGAGAUUCCUGACCUGAUUGGCGAAUCGUGGUACUUUGUCAGAGUUCACGACGCUGUUCAAGUCUGCCUAUCACAUCUACAGGCUGAGCACCCUCCUGAAGAGAAUGAUUCCCCCCAAGUUCUCAAUAGAUCCAGUCACGAACGAAGUGGCAAUCAUGCCCCUUGGAGACAUGAAGCCUUACGGUCGGAUCCAGAGCGGUCAUCACUAAUCUCAUCUGUUGAUGGUGCAGUGUAGCAGUACAAUCUACAAGCUAUCUACUGAGACACUUGGGUGGCCAAAGUCCCGAAGUGAAUCAAUCAUUUCUCUCUACACGAACCAUUCAGAACAAGCUUUUGAUUCCUCACUUAAUGCUAGUAGGUAAAGGAUUCCUGGACAGAAUUUUGAGCUGUGAAGUGCUCAGUCAAUGGAACUUAUAUUUCAUUGGAAUCACAAAUCAUGUAUCGGUUUAGACAUGAGGAAUUUGAAGUUCCCUUUGAUUCGGUUGAGGCAAAUGAAGUAUGUAAGCUCAAUGAAUUCAUACAAUUCAUCAAAAUUUGGUUUGAGCAGGUCAAUGUGCUCGAUA